AUGGCCGACCAGGCUGCUGCUCCGGCUCCCGUCGCUUCGCCUAAGCCCGACGAGGCCUCGGCGCCUGCUGUCGAGGUGAGGGCUACCACCGCUGACGCGACCACCGAUGGCGUGGCGGCCGCCCCCAAGGAUGAUACCAAGCCUGAGACUACUUCAGACGCCCAGCCUCCCACUGAGGAACCCGCCGCCACCAGCGUCGAAGAGCCGGCUACGUCGGAGAAGGAUGGCGACAACGCUGAAGAAAAGGGAACAGGAGCUGAGGCUGGCAACGAUGCCAACGGUGCGCCGAGGUCCAAUGGCAGGCGCAAGUCCACCGGUGGCGACAAGGGGGGAAAGAAGCAGCUCAAGAGCAAGAAGUCUAUGGCCAAUCUUAACCUCGACGUCGAGCCUGGUACCUACUGGUGGGCUAGGAUGAAGGGCUACGCUGCCUGGCCGGUGAUCAUCUGCGACGAGGGCAUGCUCCCUGAAACCCUGCUUACCAAGCGACCCGUCAGCGCAAUCCGGCCCGAUGGAACCUAUCGCGAGGAUUUCGCCGACAAUGGCAAGAACGUCCGGGACCGCAGGUAUCCGGUCAUGUUUCUGGGUACCAACGAAUUCGCAUGGCAAGUCAACACCGACCUCACCCGUCUCGAUCUCGACGAAGUGAAGAAGGCGGUCGAGAACAACGACCAGGGGAAGAAAGCAAAGAACCUCUGGGAAGCCUGGAAAGUCGCAGCUGAAGGUCAGAGCCUUGCUUAUUUCAAGCAGCUUCUUAUGGAUCACGAGAAAGCGAUGGCCGAAGACGCAGAAGAGCGUGCCGCCAAGGAAGCGGAGAAGGCCGAGAAGGCUGCCAAGAAAGGCAAGAGAAAGAGCAAGGCUGGCGACGAAGAUGUUGAGAUGGAAGACGCAGCUGGUAGUUCUGACACCGCAAGCAAGAAGAGUGCCAAGAAGAGGAAGAAUGACGCCGACGCUGACGAUGAGAAGCCUGCAAAGACUCCCAAGACCAAGCUGAAGGUCAACGGCCCCAAGACACCGGCGGAGUCCUCAGCCACGAAGACGAAGAAGACUCCGGCAUCGAAGGCAAAGAACUCCAAGAAGUCUGAGGAAUCGGCCACGCCCAAGCCGGUCGAGGAAGAGCUCACUCCCGAGCAGAAGUUCGAGAAGCGCUCCAAGGCCAUCCUUUACCUCCGCCACCGUCUCCAAAAGGGAUUCCUGACUCGCGAUCAGACCCCCAAGGAGGAAGAAAUGCAACAAAUGGCCGAGUACUUCACCCAGCUUGAGUCGCACCAAGACCUCGAGGAGAAGAUAAUCAAAGAUACGAAGAUCAACAAGGUCUUGAAGGCGAUCAUCAAGCUGGAUUCAAUUCCCAAGGAAGAGGUGUACAACUUUAAGAAGCGUUCUGCUGAGCUCCUCAACGCCUGGGGAAAGAACGUGAGUGGUGAGACAAAGCCUAACGGUGUUGAGGCAAAGGAGGACACUGAGGAACCCAAGACUGAGGAGCCCAAGCCUGAAGAGCCCAAGUCAGAAGAACCUCAGGCUGAGUCCAAGGCCGAGGAAGCCGCAAAAGACGUGGAGAUGAAGGAUGCUGCAGAUGCUCCUGCUGAAGCUGUGCCUGUGGAAGCCAAGGCAGACGAGCCUAAGCCUGAUGACACUAAGGCCACCGAAGCAGGCGAUGUCGCCAUGGAAGAUGCCAAGGAUGCAGAGAAGCCCACAGCAGAGAGCAUUGAAACUGCAAAGGAAGAGAGCAAGGCGGACGAGAAGGCCGCUGACGCUGCCGCUGCCGUUUAA